AUGACUCCUGCAAUGGUCACUGCGGUUGAGAUUAUGCUGGAAAGGUGCAAAUCAUACAAAGGUCAAGAGAUGGAGUUAUAUGAAGAAUUCAGAUUGUUGACUUCUGAUGUGAUUUCCAUAACAGCAUUUGGGAAUAAUUACCAAAAUGGGAAAAGCAUUUUCGAAAUGUUGAUAAGCAAGUUCUUUAAAAUCAGUGAUGAGAUUGAAUCAGACAAGCUUGAGAUGGAAAUACGAAACAACAUUAUGAAGAUAAUAAAGGAAAGAGAAAAGAAGGUGAUAAGUGGAAAAGAAAACAGUUUUGGGAAUGAUUUUCUUGGAAUACUUGUAAAGGCUCAUCAUGAUGUCAACGACAACCAGAGGAUUUCAGAGGACAAUUUGGUUGAUGAGUGUAAAACGUUUUAUUUUUCGGGGCAUGAAACCACUAACACUUUACUCGGUUGGACUGUUUUACUUCUAGCAAUCCACACAGAUUGGCAAGAGGAAGUUACGAAGGAGAUGGGCAUGGUCUUCAAUGAAACUCUGAGAUUAUAUCCUCCUUUAAUCGUUAUGACAAGAAAAGUUCAAAGGGCAGUUAGACUGGGAAAGCAUAUUCUACCUGCUAAUAUUUACUUGUAUAUCUCAUCUUUAGCACUUCACCAUGACCCUGAACUUUGGGGAGAAGAUGUGCACAAAUUCAAACCAGGGAGAUUCUCAGAAGUGGUCGUUGGAGCUACUAAGAAUAAUCCAGCUGCAUUUUUUCCAUUUGGAAUUGGACCUCGAAAUUUUGUGGGUUCCAACUUUGCCAUAACUGAAUCUAAGAUUGCUCUUUCCAUGAUUCUUCAACGCUAUAGCUUCACUCUUUCGCCAACUUAUGUCCACAUACCCUAUCAUCAUAUUACAGUCCGUCCAUGA